AUGCGCGUGCGAGUCUCAUGCGAUGCCUCCGCUGGCAGCUUGCGCUUUCUGCUUCGAGUGCCACAAGACCUGGAGCUGGUCGCAGAUUUUGUGAGGCAUCUCCACCUUCGCCUGCCGCAGAAGGUGACUUCGCUGGUCUUGAGGGUUGGCGGUUUUGCCUUGCUUCCAACGCUUCGCCUGGCCGACGUCUUGCGAGACGAUGACGAAGUCUGCGUCACUGUGGCCGGAAGCGAUGAACGGCCGGCGAUACAGUCGAGUGUGCCAAUGGCGGCGCUGCCAGAUUCAGCCACGGCCCCGGUGGCCUCCGCGGAGAAAAGACGCAGGGUACGAGACUCAAGAGAUUCUGUGGCUGGCAAGCAUGCAGAUACCCCACCCAAGACGCAGCAAUUGCCCCCAUACCCUCCAGUCCCCCCCGCUGCCGUUGCCGAGCUGGCCAAGAAGCCCAAGGACGCAGGGAACGAGGACGUUGAGGACGUUCCGACGCCCCCAAGCAAGGCCCGCAAGGAGACGAAGCAGUCGAAGCCCAAGGGCGCACUGGUGACCUCGAAGCAGGCAGCAGCCGAAGCACGGCAGGUGCUCGCACGAUCGCGCCAGCCUAGCGAAGAACCGCAGGACGAGGACAUGCAGCAGGCCCGCUCGGUCAACCAUCCGCUUCUCGGAGAGCUCGAGGUGCCUCCUGGGCAACGGACGGAGGAGUUCGUGAAUCGGAAGCUAAGGACUCUGAAGAAGGCCAUCCGAAGACAGGUCGAGCAUUACUUCGGCGACACGAACUGGCCAAAGGACACUCACCUUCAGUCUCUGGCGGAUGGAGAUGGUUUUGUGACCAUCGACAGUAUCGCAGACUUCUCGUUGCUCAAGCAGCUGUGCACCGACCUCCCCACGAUCCGCGAUAGCCUCGAGACCUCCAAGGUGGUCGAGCUUUCGUCGUGCGGUGAGCGCCUGCGCAAGUGCGGACUCGGACCGGGGUGGAAGCGCGCAGAGGCGGCCCUGGAGGUGCCAAAGCCCGCACAAGGCGGCUAUGCCACAGAGCAACCACCCGCUGCUCAGGCAACCACAGCUUCUGGGCACGACAGCGGAGAGGACAGUGCGGAAGAGAGCCAUGGCGCAGAGCCAUCAGUAACGGCCGAGCGCUUCGACCGCGACAUGGACCUGCAGCUGGCUGAGAGGUUCACGGUUUUUGUGUUUUCGAGACGUCGGCAUUUCGUUGGGGACAAUCAACGAGGGCGUCAAGAUUCCGGUGACUGUUUUUCGGCAAGCUUGACUUGA